AUGGACCACACGCCGGCGGUGGUGAGCUAUUCCCAGGACUUUGUGUCCUUAGACCAGGAGGUGAAAGACCUAACGGCGCCCAAGCCUGAGACUCGCUGGUGCCUACUGGAGCUUCCAAAGGACCAGCUGCAGGCUCUCACCUCCGGCUCCACCUUUGCCUUCCGCGAGCUCUCCGGCUCCGAGGCAGGGCAGGGCUACGCGGCGCUGAGCACUGCAGACUCCACGUUCAGAGUUGAGUUCUUGGAGAACUCGAAUACUCUGCUCCUGGGAAAGGUCGAGGAGCUGGAUAAGGAGAACGCAGGCCCGCGCUCGGGCGGCCGGGUGGGGGGUGGAUCGAGCCGACUUUGCACAGACAAAGCUCUGGGCACAGCAUCAGAUACUGAAGCAGCUGCCCGCAUCAAAAGCGAGGAGGCGAAGACUUCGUUCCGAGAGGCCCGCGUGCCAUCCGGCGCCAUGUGGCCCACCCCGUCCGCUCCCUCGGCGCCCCUCCGCGCCCCGCCGCGAACUGCGGCGCCGCGCGGGGCUCCGUGCCCGCACGGAGCCCCGCGGCGCCGGGGCGAGCCGUCACUGCGGCGCUGGGCUCCGGCGGUGGCGCUGGCGGCGGGUCGACACGCGCUGAGGCCGAUCCGACGCGUGGCAUUGGUCGGGGGCACUCAUGGCAAUGAGCUCUCCGGCGUGUACUUGGUGAGGUCCUUGAUGGAACAUCCAUUGACUCACUACGAUUCUCUGAGCUUGGAGUGCCUGAUUGGGAACCCCCGCGCGGUGGACGUCUGCCAAAGAUUUGUGGACACGGAUCUGAACCGCUGCUUCUCCAAGUCGGCGCUGCAGUCCGGAGCCUCGGCGGCCUACGAGCCGCGCCGCGCCCAGGAGAUCGACGCCACGCUGGGGCCGCGGUUUUCGGAGGAGGCUUGUGACUUGUGCAUCGACCUGCACAACACAACGAGCAACUUUGGGUGUGGCAUCAUCAUCACCAACACCUCGUCGCCGAACCUCCACUGGAAACUGCAGCUUUGUUGCCACUUGCAAAGUUUGCGGCCGGACGUGCAUGUGGUGUUCGACUGCGUGGGGGACUGCGCGGAAGAGCCCUUUUUGCCACUGCUGGCGAAGAACGACCUCACCUUUGAAGUGGGGCCGCAAGCGCACGGAACUCUUCUGGCGGAGGUCUUUUGGAAGCAGAAGAGGUUGGUGCUGGAUACCUUGGACUGGUUGGAGCGCUACAACCGCGGAGAGCUCACGGAGGAGGAGCGGAGCCCCAAGGAGCUGGAGGCGACUCCAUCGGAAUGGCUUUCCACCGAUUCCACUCGGCGGGCGGAAUCUUGGGGGCUUUUGGAGCCUAAGAAAGGGGCGUAG